AUGAUUGCGCUUCAUCAGUCAUCUCCCCAGCUACAAGCGGACUUGGAGAAGCUGGUCGACCUUGUGCAUUGCUUUCAACACAGACGCGGUUACGCAAAACAGAUUCGGCUGGAUAAAUGGACGGCAUUCUUCCCUUCUGGACCCGACUGGACCUCGCAUGGCACGUCAGUCGAAAGGAAAAUUGAACUUUCCUUUGGUCGACUCACCUCUCAGUGUAUAGGAACUACACGGGAGAAACAACGCUACAAGAAGAAGAUUGGAGGGCAAAAAACUCAGAAUCGUACAAAAACAAUCAAAGAAAUCUCCAAGGCCGAAGUCUACCUGGAUGAGGACAGUCUGGACCGCGCUCUCCAGGUUCUUGAGGCAAAUAUGUAUUGUCCUCUUCAUACAAAGCAGAGCUCAUCGGAGAGGUUGACAUCGUGGAAAGACAGGAUUGGGGACAUCCGUAAAAUGGAUUGUCGGGUUCCAGGGCAUUUGAAGGAAAGCAACGCCACAGAGGGUUCUGAAAGACACAUUUCAACUCGAACUUCUCUGCCGACACGAAAUGUUUUAACUAAACAAAGGGAUAUAUUGUCCUCAAAAGAUUCAAAUCGAAAGUGGACGCCACCGUCUCCAUCUACAGAUUCCAUCAAGAACCCGGUUACGCAUUGGCCAGACCUAUAUGAUACGACCCCUUUCGACAUCGUCAAAAGAAGCAUUCGGCCGGAUGAUUAUAAGGCUUCAUAUAAUAUGAUACGAGAUCGGAUGGAUAGAUCUGUGGACCUCUCCACUCUUCCCAGAAUCCGGGUCCAAGUGCUUGACUGA